AUGGCCAAGGAAAUCGAAGAGAAGAAGCUGAAGAAGGAGAAGAAGGACAAGAAGGAAAAGAAAGAGAAGCGUGCGGAGACUGACGGUGUCUCGAAGCCUAAGAAGGAGAAGAAGGACAAGAAGAGCAAGGAUGUCACAGAUGCUCUCUCGGCCGCAAUUGAGGAGCCUGAGGUCUCCAUGAUGGAGAUUGACAGCGGUGUUGCUGCAGAGGGUGACGAGCCCUCCGGCGCACUUGUCCCCUUCGCCUUCCCUCUCGCAGACAACGACAAGGAGGUCAAGAAGAUCCUCAAGACUGUCAAGAAGUCCGCAAAGACCAAGACUCUCCGCCGUGGUGUCAAGGAAGUCGUCAAGGCUCUCCGCAAGUCGCAAGGCUCUGGAAACACCGCCGACAUUAACGACCCGUCUGCCAUCGUCGUCAUCGCCGCCGACAUCUCGCCUAUGGAUGUUAUCUCGCACAUCCCCGUCCUGUGCGAAGACCACGGCAUUCCUUACAUCUACAUCAAGUCGCGCGCACAGCUUGGAGAGGCCAGCGCAACGAAGAGGCCCACCUCCGUGGUCAUGGUUGCAAAGGCCGGGUCAGGCAAGAAGGCUAAGGACGUCAAGGACGACGACACAAAGGAAUUCGAGGAGGCAUAUGGCGAGCUGCAGAAGCUGGUUUCCAAGGCGGCAAAGACGGUGCGCAAGUAAGCGCUGCGACAGGAGCAUGUGAUGCGUGUAGCAUUUCCUGAUGCAUGGCUGCAUGUUGGAUUCUUACUGUGCAAAAUGGGAGAGGCGUACGGCGUUACGACCAAAUCUACUGGGCAUUACGUCCCGGUGUUGUUUAUCAUCUUCUGAGUGUGGGCGUAUGUCAAAUAUCAUGAACAAACGACUCAAUCAACGCAAUGAAACGUCCAAACUUAUACUGACCUUCAAGUUGGGUACCAUGUAACUAAUCCUCAGUGCGUACUGAGAGCGCACAUAUCG